UAAUAGUCAGUGAAUUGAAACUCGACUCGUUUUAUAUCAUUAUGUCUGUUAUUUUUCAAGAAUAGUACCAAGGCCUUGUCGUACAACGACAUUCUACGGCGUAUUAAUUAUUUUAAAGGGUCAUGCUUGAUACCUCUGUACCUAAAGCAGGUACUGUUACAUACAUGUUUCAUAAUCAAAAAACAAUAAAAACCUAGACUACUAGGCAUUAUACUGUUAUAAUUUAUUUGCCACGAACUUCAACUGACGUAUUUUAAGCAUACCAAAGCGACGUUUUAUCCACUUGCUAAUAUAACGCCUUUAAGUAGACGAAAAGAAAAUUAUGAAUAUGAAAAUAUUUGUAGGCACUUGAUGUAAGGGACGAGCGAAGCCAUUUCCAGCAGUGGCGCCCUCUGUCCGAUUGGUAGGUAAUGAAAGAUAGGUCAAUACAGAUUUCGUUCAAGUAAGCGUAAGAGAAAGAAGGUAGUUAAAUCUCCUACGUGCCUCCAUUCUCAGGUGUGGCCAAGUAUUGCAACACCUGAAUGUGUUGCCAGUAUUUGAAUGGCCAUAGAAUCAAUAUACAACCUAUUUUUCUAUUACACAUUAUUUAUCUACUGUUGCAUAAUGAUUAAAAAUAUAUUUCUCAAUGCGCUUUUACUAAAUAUGUCAAUAAUAAACGUCACAAGUUUUGUAAUUUGCAAAAUAUGUUUUCGAUAGGUUAUUUAAACAAAUUCACGGUUCGGAAUCAGUGGGACAAUCAAGCUAUAUUAAAUGUUAAAUAAUUAGUUAUUUUCUCAAAUAACGUAAAAUGUACAUCGCGUUUAAGUGGCUGAUUGGUUUGACUCUCGCUAUGUGGAUAUCUAUGUGUAGCAUUGAUAUCAUUGUCAAAAGAAACUUUGAAACUAAACAGGAGGGUCUAAACAUGAAGAUAUCACAAAAUGCCAGAAAUACAACGAUACCAAUAACCAAUGAAGUGCAUUUACAAAGCGACAAAUAUUACAAGCCAGUGACCGACAAGCCCUCAAGAGUCACCGUAUUGCCAUGUGUUAUGUUCCUCGCCGGCGCUCUCGUGGUAUCUCUGUUUAAUAGAAAAGAAGAAAUCAUUAUACUUACGAAACAAACAUUUUCUGAAAUAAACACUAGAGCUCUUAUCGAAAGAGUGCAAGAAUAUUUAAAAAUAAUUCUAUACAAAAUUAUUGAUUUAAAAGUAACUUAUGUGAAAUUAAUAAGCUUGCAAAUCAGCAAUAAAAUAUUAAGGUGGUGGAAGAGAUUCUCUGCCUUGGUAGCAAGGAAAAAUCCAAGGAUUAAUCUUUUAUUACUCAAGAAAUUGCAGGAAGUUGGUGAAGAGAGAAAAAAUUUAGGCCAGCUCUUGAUAGCAGCUAUCCAUGAAAACAAAAACAUUAGAAUGCAAUAUGAGUUAGAAAUGUUAGCAAAAAAUAAACUUGCCAGGCAUAUUGAGAACACCCAGAAGGUGCUAAAAGAAAAUAGAUCCAAAUACGUUAGUUUUCAACAGUUAUACUUAGUUACGCAUCAAGAAAACUCAUUUUUGAAGUGCCGGGUCAAAAAACUCGCAAAAGAAAAAGAGAAAGCCGAAAAAAAUCUGUUGGAAUUGGUAAACGAGGUUUACAAAUCCACAAACAAUCAGUUAAAGGCUUUCUGCAGUAAGUUCAUAGUGAGGACAACCGACAACUUGUUGAACACAGACGUGGACGCCGAGAUACAAAAGUUUUUGGACAAAUCGCGAUCAACCUCAGCUUCCUCUUCAAACUGGCAGCUAACUGAACAAUCAAGUAAUUCCUCAAGUAGUUGGCCCAUAAGUGUAAAUACGCGGUUUGCAGAAAUAGUUCAAGACGAUGUCCUAGUACCAUUAAUAUCUGAUGCUCCCAAAAUGAAGGGCCUUCCCGGCGAAUAUGUCUGGACAGUCAAAGAUAAAGAUGGCCUUAUAGAAAAGUUGUACGAAUAUGAUUAUGAGACUGAUUUAAAUGACGGAGAAACCAUUAAAAGAAUAAGACAGUAUUCCGUUUAUUACGACAAGGAUUGUUUAUUGGAUUUCAUGAAUUCAGGAACUGUGAUAAAUGACCCAAGACUCCAGUCUCGAUGCGUGGGUGUGGACUACCCUAUAACAACUCAAGGAUUUUUAACGGGUUCCGACGCGUUUCAAAAAUUCCUGCAAAACAAUAUUCUUAUAUCAAACUCUACCCCACAGUUAACGGGACCACCGCUACAGAACGGAUGAUUUUUUUAAAGAUUUACAUUUGGAUGAAAUUUAUUUGAGAAUAUAAAUAUUCUUUACUUGUG